AUGGACGAGCCGAAGAAGCCCAAGUGGGGAAUCACGCACUCCAUCUCAGAGGCGCCGCCCACUGAGGCAGACAACAAACUCAACGACAACCUCAUCGAGACGCUGACUCGUCUGAAUGUCUUCGAGACGCUCGAAGGCAACAAGCGCCGAGAAGAAGUGCUGGCUCACGUGCAGAAAGUCGUCGAGGAGUUUGUCCGCCGCGCCGGCAAGCUCAAGGGCAUUGCGCAGUCUACGCUGGACGUUGCGGGCGGUAAGAUCUUCUUCUUCGGCAGCUACGCCCUCGGUGUCCACGGCCCAACGUCCGACAUCGACACCCUCAUCGUCGUGCCCAAGCAUGUCUUUAUCGAGGACUUCUUCAAGAUCUUCCCGUCCAUCUUCCGGGAGCUGUCCAACGCAGAAGACAUCAGCGAGCUCGUGCCCGUCGAGGAUGCCUACGUGCCCAUCAUCAAGAUGGAGUACCGCGGCGUGAGCCUGGAUCUGCUCUUUGCGUCUAUGCCCACCAUGUCUUCGGUGCCCAAGGAGCUGGAGACGGUCGACAAGUCGGUGCUUCGCCAUCUGGAAGAGACGACCAUUCGUAGCGUGAACGGCACUCGGGUUGUCAAGGAGUUGCUCUCGUCGGUACCACAGCGCCGCCACUUCCGAUAUGCGCUGCGCGCUGUCAAGCUCUGGGCAAACCGGCGCGCGAUAUAUGGCGCGGUUUUUGGCUACCCAGGCGGUAUCGCAUGGGCUAUCAUGGUUGCGCGCAUAUGCCAGCUCUACCCCAUGGCCUGCGGAGCGACCAUCUUGUCCAAGUUCUUCAACCUCAUGCACAAAUGGCAGUGGCCAAGGCCCGUCAUGCUGAAGGAGCAUGAGCUGCCCGAGUUUGGACUCCGCGUGUGGAAUCCUGCACACCAGUCAUAUCCUCCUGACGCACGCCAUCUCAUGCCCGUCAUAACGCCCGCAUUCCCUGCCAUGUGCUCCACCCACACCGUCACGACCUCGACCAAGCAGAUAAUGAUGGAAGAGUUCCAGCGAGCCGACAAGAUUGUGCGCGAUGUGUUCAACGGUCAGGGUACUUGGGAGGCCUUGUUCAACAACCACUCGUUCUUCACGCAGGAUCACAAAUACUAUUUGAGUGUCAUCGCAGCCAGUCGGACCAAGGAAGCAGACUUGACGUUCCACGGACUGGUACAAUCCAAAGUGCGUCUGCUCGUAGCAGGCAUCGACGAUGGCCAGACUGGUAUCGACAUGGCACGGCCGUUUCCUGAGGGCUUUGAGAGGGUGCAUAGAUGCAAGAAUGAGGAUGAAGUCGAAGCUGUCACCAAAGGCAGUCUUGACUAUAUGAUACCUGUUUCCCAAGUACCCGCUGCGGGCACUACGGAGGAUCACAUCAUCUACACCAUGACCUUCUAUAUCGGGUUGAGGUUGCCCAAAGAACGCAGCACCCUGGACAUCUCCUACAUAACGAAUCACUUCCGCUCCAAAAUCACAGAGUCGAAGCUGUACGACGAAGGAACGAUGUCUGUCAAAGUAGUACACACCCGCAACACCGCGCUCCCCGACGAUCUCUUCAAGCCCGGCGAGGUCCGACCAGCGAAGGCGAAGUCGACAAAGGACAAGAAGAAGAGCAAGGGUGGUGCUAAGCGCCCUCACACUGAAACGGGAUUCCCAGACAGCGAACAGCAAGCAGCAAAGCGUCGACAGACCGAGCCUGCCGCCAAUGGGGUGGUUCCUCCGACGGCGGCAUAG